AGUUUACCUUUUGAAUAUCAUACAACUAAAACUAAAAUAGAAAAUCGAUGGAAAGUAAUACUUUGAUAGGUUCACAUGUGCAUUUCUAUAUUUGGAAUAUGAUCAUUGUAAUACCUGUGAAAUUUUAUUGCUAUUUCCUUGUAUGUGUACAUACCGUCUUUUCAAUCGGGAAUUUUGAUUAAUCGGAGGAUGUCAUACACAUUGGUUUUGGUAUGUGUUAUGUAAUAUGGCACUUCAUGAGCAAACUAUUUGGUGUGAAUAGUUUUCAUCUUCCUCUUCCCAUCACCGUUAUACUUCCAUCAAUGUUUGCAUCAACAGUAGGAUAAAUAUGUGAAUUAAAAACAUUAAUUUCUGGAAUACUUUAAAGUGGAGCGAUGAAUUCCCCCAAAGAGGGAACACCACUAAUACAAGUGGCUCAAAACGAUGAGGGAAGUUCAUUGUCAUGGAUUUUCAAAUGGACUCCAGUGGAAUUGCUAGUUGUUUUACAUACAGUAGCCAUUGUGGCACUGGAGCCAGUACAAACCUUCUACGUCAUCGAUGAGACGGCAAAAAGGCAUGGUCAGAAACACAUUGUACGGCAUGCCGAAAAGUCCUGUUACCCUGGCAACACCACGAACACGUCUCACAUUAACGAUACAAGUAGUAUUAUUCAAAAGGAGUCUGCUGAAAUAAUCAUGUAUUUAGGAUUCUGUUCAACAUUUGCUUCUGUCAUUCCAAUAUUCUUGCUGGGUUAUCUCUCAGAUUUCUUUGGGCGGAGAAUAAUGUAUAUCAUAUCUAUUUGUGGAACUAUGUUUAAGGAAUUAAUCUUACUGUUAACAGUUUUACUACGGCUACCCAUCUGGGUAUUGUAUAUAGGGCAGAUAGGUUUUGCCUUUACCGGUACGUUUAGUGGGUCAAUGGUUCAAAUUUUUGCAACUGUUUCUGACAUAACUCCACCAGGAAAGAAGCGGGCUUUCCGCAUAACUGUAGUCCAGGCAAGCGGAAUGUUGACAGCGGCGAUAACACAUUAUGGUAUGGGAUACUGGAUAUGGACUGAACGAUUCAGUGAACCAAUUACUAUGGCUUUAGCUAUAUCUUUGUUGACGAUAUUUUUAAGCGUAUUUAUUCUUCGAAAAUCUAGUGAACACGAUUCUCAACCAAAGAGUCUUCUUGGGCCAUUGAAACUGUAUAUUAGAGACACACCACAGCACAGAAGACGAAAACUAUUACUGUGUUUGCUUGUGUUUUUGUUGUCAUCGUCGUGUCUACAAGGAAAACUUGAAUACCAGACUUUGUUCCUGAUGCACAAGCCAAUAUGUUGGAAUGAGUUUAACAUACAAGUUAUGCAUGCUAUUCAAACGACGGUUAAUACGAUAUGUGUUGUCGGCAUUGUUCGAGUGUUCCUUAAAUUUACCGAAGAUGUUAUUGUCCUCUUAAUUGCUUCAAUAUCUGGUAUUGCAUCUAUGUUGAUAUUGAGUUUUUCUGUGAACAGUUGGAUGGUUUAUUUACAUGUUAUUUUUGGUUUUGUUUCCAUUUCCGUGUUUCCAGUCAUGCGUGCCAUGAUGUCAAGAGUAGUUGAUCCUCAAGAGCAAGGAUUCUUGUUUGCCAGUAUUGCUGGUUUAGAUGAGUUACAAGCCGCAUUAUCCGGAGUGGUGUAUGGUAAAAUGUAUUCGGGGUCUGUUGAUUGGUUUCCUGGAUUCAUAUUUCUCAUAAUGGCGGUAAUGUUUUCCGUAGCACUUGCUGGUUCUAUAAUACUUUAUAAAUGGCUGAAAGGAGAUAAUUCCGACGGAAUCUGAAAUAAUGGUAGAAUUAUGUUGAAAAAUGGCAAUUUAUUAUCCUAAUCGUUUUUUUGUACCCUAUGCUUUUGCAACAUUUUAUCAUUGUUUAUUUGUUUUAACAUGAAUCUUUCUUUAUUGUGUGGGUUUUUUUCCAUGAGCUUUUGCAACAUUUUGUCAUUGUUUAUUAGUUUUAACAAGAAUCUUUUUUAUGUGUAUUUUUCAUAUGUUUUUGUAACAUUUUGUCAUUGUUUAUUAGUUUUAACAAGAAUGUUUCUUUUAAUUAAAGAUUAAAAUAAUUCAAGAAAUAAUGUGUGGAAUAAUACCGGCCGCAUAUGGUAAAUGUUUUGCUCAUUGUUGAAGGUUGUACGGUUACCUUUAGAUGCUAAUACCAACGUUGUUUGUACAAUCGAGUUGUCUCAUAGGCGAUCAUUCCGCAACUCCUUAAAACUAAAUAAUUCAAAAAAUCUUAAGUGGAAUAAAAUCGGCCGCAGGGAAAAACAGUAAACGAGGUCUGGCAAGACGAUACAAACCGCCGGCAUUUUUAAUAUUGGCAAGUAGGUGUUCUUCUGGUAACAGAAGUAACAAAAGUUCCUCUAAGGAAAAUCAGAGUGAACGAGGAGCACGACCCCACACUGACGCUAGGCCAUAACUUGAAUAACGCUUCCUCGGUACUCGGAGGAUAAAAUUCAAAACUGGUAACAGUGAUGAACCGGCCGCUCUGGUAAACAAGAGAAAGCCGUUUAUAAAAAACACAACUUCCCUGUGGUACCACAGGAGAAUAUUUUAACAAAUGGUCUAACGUAGAAUUAUAGGGUCAUGACCCCCCUGUCAUCUUGCCAGAUCCCGCCUCUGCACUAAUACUGCGACAACUGUUUUAUUAAAGAUAAUACUAAAAAACAAUGAAAAAUAUCAAAAUGCAUUAAAAAGAAAUCCUUUUAUGGAAACGCACACAUCUAUAUGUUUAUAGAGUUGAAUUCUAGAUAUUAAAGUUUUCUCCUUUCUUAGUAAACGUCCACCAUCAAGACAUCAGCAGAUUAUAAGAUGCGUAAAAACUAGCACUGUCUGUUUGAAAUCAGUAUCAAGUAUUUAUAUAAAAAUGUUCCAUCCUCAAUUUAAAAGCAUUCGUAAAAACGUGAAAUUGCAGUAACAGUUCACGAUAUAACUGGACACAACCACUGCAAUAUUAUGUUAUUCUAGACGAGUCGAAAAGUUCAUCCUCUACAAUAAUUGCCAUACUCCAUUUAGUUCCGAAAAUCAAUUGUCUCCAGCUUGAUCCGUUUCCGGCCUUCCUAAACUCACUAGGCAUAUACCUGAAAAACAUUAAAAAACAACAGCAGAAAAAAUAAUCCAAAAUAGGAGAUUGUCGGGGUAGGUGGGUGGGAUUGAACAAGCUUCCCGUUCAAACGUUAGAAAAUUUGGAAGUGACGUCACAAUAUGCUAAAUGCACGUGACAGACACGGUCAAAGUUCAGAAUGCAAAGAUAAAAGGGGGGACUCGAGAAUAAAUACGGAAUUAUAACUUUUAUUAAACCUGUAUUAUCAGUAAACCGAUAAACAUUAUUAUGUGUGCUUUUCAUAUGUUUUUGUAACAUUUUGUAAUUGUUUAUUAGUUUUAACAAGAACCUUUUUUAUGUUUGUUUUUCAUAUGCUUUUGCAACAUUUUGUCAUUGUUUAUUAGUUUUAAGAUGAAUCUUUUGUUAUAUGUUUUUCAUUUGCUUUUACAACAUUUUGUCAUUGUUUAUUAGUUUUAACAUGAAUCUUUUGUUAUAUGUUUUUCAUUUGCUUUUACAACAUUUUGUCAUUGUUUAUUAGUUUUAACAAGAAUCUUUUUUAUGUUUGUUUUUCAUAUGCUUUUGCAACAUUUUGUCAUUGUUUAUUAGUUUUAAGAUGAAUCUUUUGUUAAAUAUUUUUCCUUUGCUUUUGUAACAUUUUGUCAUUGUUUAUUAGUUUUAACAAGAACCUUUUUUAUGUGUGUUUUUCAUAUGCUUUUGUAACAUUUUUGUUUAUUAGUUUUAACAAAAAUAUUUCUUUUGUGUGUGUUUUUCAUAUGUUUUUGUAACAUUUUGUCAUUGUUUAUUAGUUUUAACAAGAGUUAACGUGUUUUUAUGUAUGUUUUUUAUAUACUUUUGUAACAUUUUGUCAUUGUGUACAAGUCAUGGUAGGAAGUAGACCUAACUAUAUAUGUGGCUUCGUUUAUUCGAGAUGCGAUAUUUUAGAAUAAAAAAUUCUUAUUUUAA